GAGAAGAUUCACGGUCGUGUACCUAAGCUUAAUGUCAAGCAACAUCCCAUUGGCUUAGAUAUCGCUCCUACAGAAGGAGACUCUACGAACGCCGCCCUCAUCGCCGCUGCAUCUGGUGGCGCUAUUUUCCUGACACCGUCGCUUGCCUCCAGCGACAGAGGCCGUCCGUUUGUGGAGUCAUUGAGGCGUACGAUUGGUGAUCCCACCGCCUCCGUACCGCCACGGUCCGUUCAAGAAUCGGCUCUGAUUGGAGCCAGCCAGCCUAAUCCGCUCGAUAUCCUCGUCAUCGGCGGUGGAGCCACCGGUUCUGGUGUCGCUCUGGACGCUGCUACCCGUGGCCUCCGUGUUGGUCUCGUUGAUAGAGAUGACUUCUCCUCAGGGACCUCCUCGCGAUCAACAAAACUGAUUCAUGGAGGGGUUCGUUACUUGGAGAAAGCUGUGUUCAACCUUGAUUAUGGACAGCUUCGGCUUGUGUUUCACGCGCUCGAGGAGCGUAAGCAACUGAUAGAGAACGCUCCGCAUCUGUGCCACGCACUGCCCUGCAUGACACCUUGUUUCAGCUGGUUUGAGGUUGUCUACUUCUGGAUGGGACUCAAAAUGUACGACUUGGUCGCUGGCCCACGCUUGCUGCAUCUCUCCAGAUAUUACUCUGCAAAACGCUCUGCUGAGCUCUUCCCAACACUCGCCACCAAAGGCAAAGACAGGACUUUGAGAGGCACUGUUGUGUAUUACGACGGCCAGAUGAAUGAUUCGCGUCUCAAUGUUGCUUUGGCUUGUACUUCCGCGUUAGCUGGUGCUUCAGUUCUCAACCAUGCCGAGGUUGUGUCCCUUCUCAGGGAUGAUGCUACUCAGAGAGUGAUCGGUGCGCGCAUUCGAAACAACCUCUCAGGCCAUGAGUUUGACACGUAUGCCAAGGUUGUUGUUAAUGCGGCUGGACCCUUCUGUGACUCGGUUAGGAAGAUGGCUGAUCACAAGUCCAAACCAAUGAUAUGCCCAAGCAGCGGCGUCCACAUCGUGCUCCCUGACUACUAUUCUCCUCAAGGGAUGGGCUUGAUAGUCCCUAAGACUAAGGAUGGCCGCGUUGUCUUUAUGUUACCAUGGUUGGGUAGAACCGUUGCAGGCACUACAGACUCUUCCACUUCAAUCACUUCGCUUCCAGAGCCCCAUGAAGACGAGAUCCAGUUUAUACUCGACGCCAUCACCGACUAUCUCAAGAUCAAGGUUCGACGCACUGAUGUUCUUUCCGCUUGGAGUGGUAUUCGUCCAUUGGCCAUGGAUCCAACAGCAAAGAGCACUGAGAGUAUGUCCAGAGACCACGUUGUCAUCGAGGAUUGUCCUGGUCUGGUUACAAUCACAGGCGGAAAAUGGACAACUUACCGGAGCAUGGCGGAAGACGCGGUGGACGCAGCAAUCAAAUCGGGAAAGUUGAAACCGAGCAACGAAUGCGUAACGCAGAAACUACAGCUUGUAGGUUCUUACGGAUGGGAUCCAUCUUCCUUCGCAGCUCUUGCACAACAAUACGUGCGCAUGAAGAAAACAUACGGUGGUAAAGUGGUCCCAGGGACGUUGGACACAGCUGCUGCAAAGCAUUUGUCUCAUGCUUAUGGUUCAAUGGCUUUCCGAGUCGCCACCAUAGCUCAGGAAGAGUGUCUUGGGAAGCGUCUAGCACACGGCCAUCCCUUCCUUGAAGCAGAAGUUGCUUACUGCGCAAGAAACGAGUAUUGUGAAUCAGCAGUUGAUUUCAUUGCCAGGAGGUGUCGAAUCGCCUUCUUAGAUACCGAUGCAGCGGAUCGGGCGUUGAAGCGUGUGGUGGAGAUCUUAGCCACUGAGCAUAAGUGGGAUAACUCGAGGCAGGUCCAGGAGUUGAAAAUGGCAAAAGAGUUUCUUCAGACGUUCAAGUCUUCCAAAAACGCACACUUACACCAAUAGGCUUCGUUUCUUUCUCAUAAGAUUUAGGGAUUUUUUUUAAUUAAAAAUUUAGAGAUUUUGACUUAUUGUUGGAUGUUGUUAAUUUGCAUCCUUUGAGAUAAAAAAAAGAGAGAGAGAUAUCGAGGAGAAGUUGAAAUAUACUUAGAACACAUAGUUAAUAUACUUAUAACACAUAGUUUGUAUUCUUAGAUUUAUUUCAAUCAGAAGUUGAAAUAUAC